AUGGAGCGUUUUGAGGGCUAUGAUGUAAGCGUUUUUGCUUCGGUGUUGGAGCAGAGCAAAGCCGUGACCAGAGAGUCGUUGACAAGUCGCCACCGAGGAGUGUGUCGCCCGGCGUAUCACCAUCAAUGUACUAUGGUGCAUGACAUCCUGGAUACGCUGGCACAGCGACCAGUGUUGAGCGCAAGCUCAACAACCAGUACUGCAGCAGCAUUGCGUGACACCACCCAUUUACCAUCCGGCGCCCUACCAAACAUGGCACCAGGAUUACAAUAUGUCCGUGUGCCGGAAUACGCGAUAGAGGAAGCUGGGCAUCUGACCUUUUGA